UGGCAAGAAGACCUUCUUCGGAAAGGAGUAGGCUGGCCGUCGAUAGGCAGCUUUGUGAUUCUCUAUCAGAUAAAACAGCGCUCGUUGGCCUCGGUUGGUGGUGUGUUUAUCGAGUUGGAUGCAGGGACCCCCGUAUGAAUCAACGCUGUAUAUACGGUCAAGCAGGGCGCUAGAAAUUGUAUCGUUUAUUCAAUUGAUCUUUGAGAUUCCUCAAUUACUUGAUGGGUACCUAUUUCUUCUAUUCAUCCGACUAUCUCACCGCCGAAGGAUUUCCAACAGUGAAAUCGAUAGGCCGCUUAUGCCUGAGGUUUUCUAGAUCCAGGCGAUAUUUCUUAGCCUAUCAUAUCCCCCUGCAAUAUUCGAUGCUCUGAUAGACCAGCUGUAACCAUA